GAGAGGCGGAAUGGUGUGUAACGUUACAGGAGAAACCAACCCGGGGUCACCUUUCUAGUUUUGACCCUUUUUGACUUCUUUCCAGAGACAUACGGGGUACACCUCACAGCGGGGCUGUGCUGCUCGGUCCUCGGCAGCGUCUGUUUCCACUUCAGCCGCCUGAUAAACACAAACACUGCCGGCAGAUGACAGUGACAGGCGGGGUGUCGUAGCUCAGUGAUCACAGAUAGACUGAUAGAGAGGGAGCGGCUGUCAGGGGCAGAUAAAACACACAUAACCGUCUAAACUGGACAAUGUAGCGGCAAGACAUCUCCACAGCUGCUCGGCCAUCAUGGACACGGUGCGUUGACUCUCCACCUCCCUGGACCGGACACCACUGAGCACACUGCUUGUAUUUAUUGGACUUUUUUUGUUGUUGUUGUUGUUGUUGAGCAAAUAUCAACAAACUUAAAUGAUGUGGCUUUUGAUUGGGUUGUCGAGGUGCUCACAUGUGUCCAAACACAAGCUCGCACAGAGGAUGUUGUGUCUGGAUCACCGCCUGACUCUCUCCUCUGCCCUCCGGAGGAAGAGACAGUCUACCGGGGUCAAGUCAGCGGUCCUCCCGGUACCCGGCUCCCGUCUCUCCUCCUCCGGGCCCCUCGUGUCCGUCUCGCCCUGCGGUCCGCUCAGAGGUCUCUCGGUACUCUGUUCACACACAGCGCCGGGCCGGGCACGGACAGUGGCACACACACCUGUUGCCUUUGCCACCUCGUCAGCCGCCUCGACACCUUCACCGUCAGCCGGGUCAGUGAAGACCCAGGCGGACACGGAGAGCGACCAGACACCGACCACGGUCCCUCUGGAUGAUGUGAAAAGGAUUCUGCAACUUGCUCAAUCGGAGAGAUGGAGACUGGCAGCUGCUUUGGGCUUCCUAACUGUUUCCAGUGCAGUAACCAUGUCGGCUCCGUUCUUCCUGGGUAAAGUGAUUGACACCAUUUACACCACAGGAACAGACACGGAGACAAUGGCAGCCUCCCUGACAUCAUUAUGUAUCAUGCUGACGGGAGUCUUCCUCUGUGGUGGGGCAGCCAAUGCUGCCAGAGUUUACCUCAUGCAGACCUCAGGCCAAACGAUUGUUCGUAAUCUCCGAGCCGCCGUCUUCUCCUCCAUCCUCAGACAGGAAGUGGCAUUUUUUGACAGGAAUAGGACCGGCGAGCUCAUCAACCGCCUCUCUGCUGACACAGCCGUGGUGGGCCGCUCCAUCACGGACAACCUGUCAGACGGACUGAGAGCCGUCGCCCAGGCAGCUGCUGGUGUCAGUAUGAUGUUCUAUGUCUCUCCCAGUCUUGCGAGCUUUGUGUUGCUGAUUGUUCCUCCUGUGGCCGGUCUGGCUGUAGUCUAUGGCAGAUACCUUCGCUCCAUCUCCAAAAGCACACAGGACGCUCUCGCUCAAGCCACACAGUUGGCAGAGGAGCGUAUCAGCAACAUGCGGACGGUCAGGGCUUUUGGUAAAGAGCUGUCCGAAGUCAAAACGUACACGCAGAAGACCGACGAGGUCCUCAGCCUGGCCAGGAAGGAGGCUGUCCUGCGAGCUGGCUUCUUUGGAGUGACUGGUCUCAGUGGUAACAUCAUGAUCCUGGCAGUACUUUACAAAGGAGGCCUCCUGAUGGCCAGCCAGCACAUGACGGUGGGAGAGCUCUCGUCGUUCCUCAUGUACACCUUCUGGGUGGGCAUCAGCAUCGCAGGUCUGAGUUCAUUCUACUCUGAGCUGAUGAAGGGGUUUGGAGCAGGAACCAGACUCUGGGAGCUGCUGGACAGAAAGCCUGAGUUUCCUCUAAAUGAAGGCCUUGUGCUUCCUCCAGAGCAGCUGAAGGGUCGGUUGGAGUUCUCUGAUGUCUCCUUUGCCUACCCGACACGUGAAGAGGCUCCUAUUUUCCAGAACCUCAGUCUGCUGGUCCCAGCUGGUACCAUCAUGGCUGUGGUUGGACCCAGUGGCUCUGGAAAAUCAACCCUGGUCUCACUGCUGCUCAGGCUGUACGACCCCCAAGCUGGUAUCAUCACUAUAGAUGGUCAUGACAUCAGAGAUCUGAAUCCCUAUUGGCUCAGGAGUCACAUAGGAACGGUCAGCCAGGAGCCUGUGUUGUUUUCCUGCUCCAUAAGAGAUAAUAUUGCGUACGGCGCAGUGGACCCGGACGCUGUGACCACAGAGGAGAUCUACAGAGCAGCCAGAGUGGCCAACGCCUUUAAUUUCAUCCAGGCUUUUCCUAAGGGCUUUAACACUGUAGUGGGGGAGAAAGGAGUGCUGCUGUCAGGUGGUCAGAAGCAGAGGAUAGCAAUAGCCAGAGCUCUGCUCAAGAAUCCUAAGAUCCUGCUGUUAGACGAGGCUACCAGUGCACUGGAUUCUGAGAAUGAGUUCCUGGUCCAGCAGGCCUUGGAGCGUCUGAUGGAAGGGAGGACCGUCGUGAUCAUCGCUCACCGUCUGUCCACCAUCCAGAAUGCAAACGCCGUUGCUGUGCUGGACCAGCAGUGUAUUGCUGAGUGUGGCCAGCACACUGAGCUGCUAGGCAACAGGCAAGGACUGUUCAGGAAACUGAUGGAAAAACAGGCGUUUCUACAAGAUGAGCAGAAAAGAGCACUUCGCUGAGAGGACAGGGAGUGCAGACGAGUGGAUGAGGAAAAUAUCAGGACGUGAGGUCAGUACCUGGGAAGAACUGACUUUGCUCCAGAAUGGUGGGAGCAGAGGGGACAAAAAGAAGAAAAAUAUAGAUGGAUACAAACUGAAAGAAACUACAGCUUUCUACAGGACUACAGGCGAAAACUAGAGAAGGAGGAGAAUGCAAAACCACUGAGAAACAUUAACGGGGUUUUCCUAAAUGCUGGACGUGUUUUUCUCACUGCUGAAAUGACUGUGUUGCACAAAAAAAGAGCGAUUUGGACAUGAAACAGACGCUGUAAUCCUCAAUGAAGACCUAAGAACUGAAACAUGGACGGAGAGUUCAUAAAGAUGCUUUAUUUUUUAAAUAUCUAAUUCGACACUGAAAACGUCUGAAUGAGGGUGAAAGGGAGAAAUGAUGAAGACACAGAGGAAGCUAAUAGCCUACAUGUUAUUUUUUUUAAACCACUGUCACUACCAUAGUUUUGGGAAAAAAUCCUGAAUCCUGUUUUAAAUAGUUAAGGUGCAGAGUCAUUCUUCUAUCAAGUCGUGAUUUUCAUAACCAAACCAAAAAACAACAGUCCAGUGUCAUGUAUACAGAACGGCUAAAUAUGUAUCUGUGUCUACGUAAUAUUGAUUUAAAAAACUUGAAGCUUACAUGCAGAGCUUUUUUACUGUCUGUUUUUAGUUAAAACCAGCCAAAUGAAGCAGCUAUUUGUGUUGUUUGUUAAACAGGACUGAACACUGUAAGGACAUAAAUUCAUUUAUGCACAUUCUCCAUGAAAAAUAUUAGUGAUCCUUUAAGUAACAGCUGAGGUGCUACACAUAUAAAAUGAUUUCCCUUUUAAGUUUUUAGUCUCAGUAAAACAUAUUUCAUUGGGAUGGGUUUGCCAAUAUUUUUAGAUUCAAUUAGUUAUUCAUGCUUUGACAAGAAACUGCUAAACUUCCAACAAUCUUUAUACGUAAAACUAAAUAAAAUGUACACAGUAACUUGGGAAAGUUGAUUGAGGUCUGCUAAACAGCCUCUUUUCUGAUAGAUAUUCUGCUGCUUUCGGGAGGACGGCUGCAGGAAAAGUCAUCAAAGUCAUCGGUGGUCUUUUAUCUUGUCUUGUAAUCCCGGUCAACUAAUCUAUAAAUGGUGUAAAAACUAAAAAGCAGCAUUACAACUUCCUGACUGUAUACUGUUGACCACUAUCAGUGUGUCACAUGACCUCUCUGCCAUGCUCUGAUCACUGUUCGGUGUUUACAGGAUGUCCACUUGGCCAGCAAUAAAUUCAAUGUAAACAGCCGUAAAACCACGUACAUGUUAACCUCUUAGCUUGAAUUCCUCACCGCUCUAAAUGGAGAGUGGAUCGGAUUGUUUCUAGAACUGCUUGAGAGAAACGACUAAAUGAGAAGCUCUGAGCAACAACAUUGAUACACAGCACAGGUUAUAUAUAUUUACAGGUGAUCACAUUUCAUUUAAGUCGUUCUCUAUCCAAAACUAUGUUUCCUUUAUUUGUAUUGUCUAUUUCUAAAACAGAUAUCAAAUAGUAUGUUUGAGGAGCUUUCUGUCGCAUUAAUUAUUGCAAAAAUGGUAUAUUAAUAAAUUAAAAAUAUAAUAUUUUCCUAGAAGACUAGUUUUUUCUUUGACAGUUCCACUAAAAUGACAAUGUGUACAUUUCACUGGAUGCUUAUGCUAGAUAUUUUUUAUUUGUAUGUUUUUAAACAGUGUGGUAACUUGAAUUAUUGUGAAUGUAAAUCUUCAUUCAGUUUAAAGGCAAUGAUGCACAGAGACUGAAAUCUGAAUUACUCGGUCUUUAUAAUAUUUAAAGACUGUUUAGCAGCAACAUGUGAGCUCUGUUCUUUCUCAGUUACCUUAUUUCAAUAUGGAAAGUUUUUAUGUUCUUUUUUUCUUUUUGCUUCUUGUUAUUUUCCCAAAAAGGCAAGUGAUUCUUACCUAACUCACAACAGAUUUGCAUUUUCUCAUAACUUCAUUUUCAGAGUUACAUUUUAUUUUAAUAUGAUGCCUUAAACAUCUCAUGUCCUGACGUCUUGUAGUUCCUGUGUGAAAGAAGGUUGGUGAUAUAACCAAACCCUGCUCAUUAGAAAGAAUUCAUGUUUUGUAAAAAAAAUCCACUCACAACUCACUCUGUAUAGUUAACACUGAAAGUUUGCCCGUUAAUGAUGGAUCCAUGUUAUAUAACAAAUAUAUGACUGCAAGGGGGUUCUUUUUUGAACGUGUAUAAGUUAUAAAUAAUAUGACCUAAAUGAUGAAUGAUAGAUUUUUUAUUAUUUUUGUGUGUGCUAAAUUAUUAUACGUCUAUGUAAAAGGUAAAUAAAGUGAGAUAUUAAUAGUUUUUUAUG